UCCCCCUGUAUUUGCCUCGCACCGGUACGUGGGUUUAAUAGUUCCUCUGCCCCCUUACUUGUUGGUUUUCUUCCUCGGGUUCAAAAGUACCCCACUUGUGUGCGUAAAAUGGCCGAGUCGCGUUCUUACACUUCUGCUGGAUUCAGGUAUCGCUGGCUCAGCCUUCCGGGCUUCUCUCCAUUAUUUAUGGCUGAGUGGAUGUAAUCAUCCGUGCCUUUAUGAAUCGUACUCUUGCUGUCGCUGUUUUCGCUCCGACAUUUUCCGCAUAGUCCUUCGGAUCGCAACGCAAGAAGAGACAGGGUAAAGGGAUCAACAAUAGAUCAACAAGAACUUCUAGAAAAAAGAAGGCAGAGAGAAAGACAGCAAUGGAUUCAUCGACUAGAAUGCAGGACGAUCUCUCGGUGGGCGACGUAUUUAGUCCGCAGGCGGACAUGUCCCAGUCUCUCGAAGAGACCGGUAUGAACGCCGCCCAAGACACCAACUUUCGCAUGAGUGAAUGCAGUCCUGAGCGCAAGGUGACGAAGGAACUUGGCGCGAUCAAUCCUUUUCCCGCGCCGAAAUUGAAUGCGAUUCCGUUGGCCGGAAAAUCGGACCGACGCAAGAAGAAGAAGAGACAGCAGGGCAACGAAGCAGCUUCCGCCAUCUCCACCGUGCGUGGCUUUACUCCUAGGGGAUCAGGCGAUGAAGACUCAGACUUCUCGACUUCGAGCUCCAGAGCUCCUAGCUCGAAGCGGCACCCCGUCCCUACGAGCAAUGGCAAUAAUGGCGGGGUAAGUGCCUUGAAGCUUCAGCUUGAUUCCCUCGAUAUCUCCGGCGAUCGUCCCCAAGACAGGGCUCCCAGUGACAUCUGUUCCGAGACCCCAAGCAACGCCAGUGUUUGCUCCGACAGCGAUCAGACCGAGGUCCUCACCAGUUACGAAGUUCCUUUGGAUCACGACUAUGUGAGCGCCGAUGCUGCAGCGGAAGAGAAUUGCCAGAAUACCUCGAGUGUUCAGGAUGUUCGCUCUCAGCUAUGCCGUAAGAUGACCACCGAUGACUUUGAACCGCUGCUCUGUCUGGGCAAGGGCUCCUUUGGAACUGUGUUGCUGGUGCGUCAUGUGCUCACGGGCAAGCUUUAUGCGCAGAAACAGUUUCGAAAGGCCUCCAUCACCGUCCACAAGAAACUCGUGGAGCAAACCAAGACGGAGCGCACGAUCCUAGAGAGCGUGAACCGCCACCCUUUUGUUGUCAAGCUCUUCUAUGCAUUCCAGGAUCACGAAAUGUUGUAUCUCAUUCUGGAGUAUGCGGAGGGCGGGGAGCUGUUCACGCACUUGGCGAUGGAGCGUAUGUUUGACGAAGAUGCGGCCGCCUUCUAUAUGGCGCAAAUGGUCCUUGCUCUUGAGCACCUUCACCAGAACGUCGGGGUGAUCUACCGUGACCUCAAGCCGGAGAAUUGUCUCCUAGACCGACGCGGACACCUCGUGUUGACGGACUUUGGCCUCAGCAAAAUUGCCGUUGACGACGACGACCGCUGCAACUCGUCCCUGGGUACCAUCGAGUACAUGGCCCCAGAGGUCGUCCAAGGCAAAUCAUAUGGCAAGGCCUGCGACUGGUGGUCUCUGGGGGCGCUGGGGUUUGAUCUGCUCACGGGAUCUCCCCCUUUCCGAGCCAAUAACAAUGCGAAACUCCAGGAGAAGAUCGUCAAGCAGAAACUGACCAUGCCGUACUUCCUCGGUCCGGACGCCAAAGACCUGCUCACGCGCCUGCUUCGCAAGGAGCCUUCCAAGCGCCUCGGAUACCACAUGCCCAAGGACCUCCAAACCAUCAAGAACCACCGGUUCUUCCGCAAAAUCGACUGGAAGGCCCUCGAGCGUCGUGAACUCGACCCGCCUAUCAACCCCGUCGUGACGGAUCCCGCGCUGGCCGAGAACUUCUCGAUCGACUUUACUCAGCUGCCUCUCAGCCCCAUGGUCGGCGGCUUCGACGAUUCCAUCACGGGCGCUCGCCGACCGAGCCAGCCAGGUAUGUCCACCGGACAUGACGGCUUGGGCGGAGAGACCGACCCUUUCGGUGGAUUCAGCUUUGUCGCUUCAAGCAGCUUGCUUGACCACGGCCCGGGAAUGAUGGCCGCGGGAUACUGAGCAGAUAGGGAAUUGAUUAUGGAGUCCAGUCCAGUCUUUUUUCUUUUUCUUUUCUAACCUUCUUUUAAAAUCAUACUUUUUUUCACUCCCUGUCAGUUUUUUCCAUUCUCAUUACCUUAUUUCUUUUCCGGGGUGCAAUUAAGCACAUUGCACUACCAUUACAUACGCUACACUCUCGUUAUUGAAACAUAGCAUUCAUUAUACUUACCCUCGUUCGGUUCGAUCAUCAAGAAUCUUUUAAAACAUAGACGAGAAGCAUCUCGGCCUGCAUAGAAACACAUAGCCUCUCAUCCAGGU